AUGGGUAAGUUACGAGUUCGAGGUGUGUUUCUUUUUUCUUCUGUCGUAAAAAAUUUUAGCUUUUAAAAUAGUCUAAAUUAAACAAAAUCCACAGAUUCCUUAUAGGGGAUUUGAGUUGGGCGUUGUUUGAAGUUUUAUGAUCGCGUUGUGCAGAAAAAUAUAAUAUUCUUUGAAAUGAGAACGGGAUGAAAAAUUUCGUAAAAAAUCUUGAAAACACAAAAAGUUUUUUGAUUUUUAUUCAUAACGCAAUUUUUUAAUCCACGUAAAAAAUUGUUUUGAAUAUUUUUUCCUAUUUUUAAACUUUUACUUUGACCUAGAUACAAUCUGUAUUUCAAUACGUAUCUCAAUCCAUUGAAUUAAUAUUAUACUACAUUUGAAAGGCCUUGCACACACAUAGCCGACCCUUUAUUGUUACAAUGUCUAAUCAAUCUCUAUCAGAGCUUUGUGCAUUCCCUGAUUCAUGUGGCUGCAUUUUAAUUCCCCACGACAUUCAAAAAAGGGCUAUAGCGCUUUGAAUUUUUUCCGCGAAAAAGGAGGCCUUAUCAAUUUCGAUCCAAUUGGUUUUAUAAUUUUUUAAGGGAAACGUUAAGCAAGUGAGGAAUAAUUUAAUCUAAACCGUCAUUAUUUUUUCACUUUUUUGGAGGAUUCUUGUCUCAUGAAUCACUUGAGUCUUCGUAAGCUCGGCGACGAGAGUUUUGGAGGUGUUUGGGGAAUUCGAUACGGAGUUUUUUAUACGGUUUUUGAUGAUAUAUAAUAUAAAGAAAACCAAAUUUUUUGAAUUACUAGUUAUGGAAUUUUGAUCUUACAGCGGAAAUGAAUAAGACUUGAACUUUAUAUUUUAAAACUUUGGGACAAAUCGGGAUGGCCGCUUUCUGUAUUCCGCGCAUUCGACCAUUGGAAAAAGAUUGUUGAAUAUCUCAGCUAGCCGUGUGAAGUGGGAACGUAAAUUUUUAGUAUGUGAUAAGCGAAGCGGGCGCUAUGUCUGCGAAAAAUAAAAGUUGAGCCUUGCACUUUGAACGCUUCCCUUGUAGGAAGCGUUGUUCAGUUUGCUGGAAAUUGUAAUAGAACUCUUGCUGUCCCUUGUUGAUCGGUUCCAAGGUCGUAUAUUUUUGCAUAAAUGGGAGUUCUCUCAACUCGCAACUAACCAAUCCAAUCGGGUUUAUUCCGAGUUGUUCUAAUACGUUUUUCAAUCUCAUUUCAUAGCUUAAGCAGUUUUUAUUCGUUUCCAGGCCCCCUAGAACUCAUUUGUAACUAUGUUAAACAUAAUCCAAAAUUUUCGUAAUUGAUUUUUGUGUCUUCUGAAGUCUCAAACAUGCACCUUAUAAAAAACUUUACUAGAAAGCCAGUUUUUUAAUCUCUACUAUAAAAUUCAGACUGUCCACUCGACUGUGCAGCCGUUGAUCCCACUUUUAACACGUCUCAAACCCCCAAAUCGGAUUACUCUUUUCGAGUUUUGACUCUUCCCAAAAAUAUUCAUAAUCGAAUUGUGAAAAAAUCAAGAAAAAAGAGAGUCCGAAAUUCAGAUUCCCGGAGAGAAAAAGAGAGCCGGCUUUUUGCGAACGAUCGGCGCUUCAUUUGAAAGUAAUGCCACCGCUGAUAUUUUAUUCGAUUCGUCGGUUUUCCGGCUUCCAUUUACACUUGAGUGGUGUCAGAAUAUGCGUUAUUUUUUUGGCUUCACUCCAGAAAGUUUUUAAGCACCGAACAUAGUUGAGAAAUUAAAAAUUGUUUUCUUUCUGGGUCAAGGUUUCUGGUCUGCAAAAUUACGUAAGAUUCUGGAAUUUCCUGGGGUUUUAUUGUGGGAGAUUCAAUUAUCUUUAUUUCCAAAGAUUUCAAAGCAUAAAUCUCGCAAUUUCGGGGUAAAUACUUUCCCAAUCAGUCUCAUUCCUUCCUCUGAUUGCUUAUCUUUUCCCAAGGCUCUGUUUGAUUUCCCGGUUUUACAAUUUUAUCGGCGUUUAAUAGUAAUUAUUAAUUUUUGAGUUUUUCCGAUAAUUAGCAAUCAUUGAAGGAGUGAUAUUUUCUAAAUGCAUGAGUAAUUUGUAUGCGGAUGUGCACACAAUUUUGUAUCUUUCCGGGCACACCCUUUUUUGCCUUUAUCGCGUUUAUGAAUUUAUUUUUUCACUUUGAAAUGUCUUUAACUUUGACGUAUAUCUUGUGUUUAAUUGUUGAUUUUUUACAAAAAUUCCUUAUAAUUUUUCAUUGAAAAUCAUUUUUUAUCCAUUGCUAAAGUUUUUAGCUCCAAAGUCUUCUGCUUCCGCAUAACGCGGUUUCAAUACUUUUUUGAUUUUUAAGAUUAUCUAAAAAUCAUGCCGCAAUUUCUUUUGAUCAUAGUUUAAAACAACCUUCAUUAUAUAUAAAAAACGCUUACCAUUUCCAUUUCCGUUUCAAAAAACAGAAUAGCCAUCACUACAUAAUGUUGCUUCCGGAAAUUGUCUUCAAGAUCUUUUUCUCAUUUUUUCCUUGCAUUUGUGGACUGUAUGGCCAUGCGUCAGCGACUAAAAAGCAGUCAGAUUGAAAUUUAUUUUCUUUUUCAUUGUAUGUUUGUAUAUUCCGAAGAAAAUUUGUUGAUUUUAUUGCCGGAAUUUGUAACUUUUAAAUCGCGUUAUGCAGAAACUCCGGAAAAAAUCGUAAUUAGAAAAAAGAUUUUUUAAAUUGACGAGAUUUAAAUUUUCUUACAAUAAAAAAUUUUUAGUGUUAAAGCCUUUUAAAUCAGCGUUUUGCGUAAAUUUCCGUGAAAAAACCAACGCCUUGAAGUAAAAAAGUUACAAAAUUUUUAGUGUUUGGCGCAUGUUAACUCAAUUUCCAACGAAAAAUAUAAAAACAUGCAUUUCCUUAAACCUUAUCGUGGGCCAACUUCCUUCUUCCACUUUUAUUGUAUGUAAUAUGUUCAAAGCUUUGUACUGAUUGUCAGAUAAUAGCCCUUCUAAUUCGAUAAUUGUUACAUUUAGCAGAUAAAAUUAGUUUCAAUGGAAUUUUUUAUUUUCUUUGUGAGUAAUUUUUUCGCCUUUAUGACUCUGUAUGUUCAGCUGACUUGGCCCUAGAGGUGCGGCGCGAUUUUUUCGAAAUGAUAAUUUCUAUUAUCGCUACACCCAUCGGAUACCGUGUAGGACCCUUUAUACACUUCUUAUUACCAUAAUUUGUAAAGAGUUUCCAAAGUUUAUCACACCGUACAAUCUUAGGUAGGAUGUCUAACUUUAUGUAGUAACGUAAACGUCGACGAAUCUAUAGCUGUUUUUUCUUCUGGUAUAUCUUGGACUAAGUAUUUGUAAUGUAAAAUUUAUCAUUUUUUAAUUUCUAGUCUUUAAUUAAAACCACAUAUUGAAAUUAUCCAUUUCAACCUGAAAUCUCCCUACCCUUGUUUUGUUUUCAUAUCUGCUCCUUAUUACCGAUUUCGUAUGGCUAAUUAACGACAUCAAACAUCAAGAAGAAGAAUGCGGCCUCAUCUACCUUUCGUUUUCCUUUUCUUGUCCUGCCCUCUAUUUUAAGUGUACAAAAAGUCCUCAUACUAAAAAAGCUCUCAUGUAGACGCCAUAUAACACUUGACCACGUGUGUGUCGUCAUACUCUCGUAACACCACAUGAUUUAAUAUGUAGCCUUUCCUAAAAGGGGGUUUAUGGCUCUCUUGGGUUUUGUUAAAUAUAUUACAAACAGUAGGGGAAUCUGACUGUUACAGAGGGUGUUUAUGGGUCUGAGCGUCUUGGAUAUAAGGAAGUUAUUUAAAAAUAGUAUAUAUUCCUAUGUCGAGAUUGGGAAAACCUUGGUGCUUUUAAAAUAACGAUCGUGAGAGACUUCCCGUUGCAAUUUUCUUCAACUCACCUCUCCUAGGGCACACAAAUUUUACAAUCUUUUUCUUCCUUCAUGUCUCUUCUGGCCACUAUUUCUUCUGUAUUAACUGAAAAGUUCUCUUAAAAACAGCCUAGCUUUUAUAUGAUAUUUUGGUCUUGAUCUUUCCUGAUUCCCGACAUCCAAAGAGCUUCGAAAGUCUGCCCCAGGUUUACGCCAAAUGACACAGAAAAAUGAAAAAAAUGUGCGCAUCGUAACGAAUCACGGCAUUUCGCAACUCCCCUAUAAUUUCCCACGAUCGCCGUGCAGCGCCAUCUAAACUACAAUGCCAAACUUUCGCACAAACUACUGCAACUGCUACUACAUAUUUAUUCGUCCGCCACGUGAAACCCGCUGAAGAAUUGCCAUGGUAAUAAAAAAAGAACCUGAGGCCGCUCCUUUCCCGUCUUUGCUGCCCGGAGGGGCUGCACCUUUGUCCCUGAAAGAAAUACCAAGACUGUCGUCUCAUCCUCGCCUUCCUUUCGUUUUUUGUGCGGCUUCCAGAAGAGGACCGGGACAAAUAUACAUGGAGAAGAAAGCAGAACACAGAAACCGUGGGGCCGAACAUCAGAGACGCCCUCAGGCGUAUUUUUGGGCUUUUUGUUGUCCGUCUCAUUGUUUUACGAAUUUGCGAUGAGAUCAAACGUAAAUAUGGAGAUGAGGAUGAGACAAGGGGAGCUGAUUGUUUCCGAAUUUUUAUUGAGAUUUAUUGUGAUAGCUGCGUAGUAAUUUUUGAACAUAAUGGGGAUUUGAUGAGAUGGAUUUUGAUCUUUUCAAGAAAAUUUUGAUUUUUAUUAAACGGAUUACGUGAUAAGACAUGUCGGUGGACGAAUGAAUUUAUGGGAAAGGAUAGAUUGCACGUUUCUUUGAGAGUUAGUAAUGAAAGGGCUUCCGACUUAUUUUUGAAAUACUGAGGAGCCAAAAGUAGAAAUUAUAACGUCAUUUGUUAAUUAGCAUUCUUAGAGGUAACUUGUUUUUAUGGAAAUUUUGGAUCACUUUGGCAAGACCUAUUUUUAGUAAAAUUUCAAUUUUUGUUAUCAAGUUGAUUACCAUCUCAAAUAAUGUUACGUUCAAUCAGCCGGCAGCGUACCAAAAAACGGGCAUAAAAUUGCACCUGUCCUUUGUUUUGUCCAAUUAUUUACUCCUUUUUUUAACUUCCGCACUUUUAUUUAUCUUACAGAUGAAUGAUUUUGCUUUGGGCUGUGCUCAAAGAAGUGUUACUUACUUCUCCUUCACUUGGCCAUGGCAUAUUUAAAUUUCUUGCAGAUUUUAUUUUUUCAAUUUGUGAUUUUCAAAUUGAAAAAAUAAAUUUCUACACUGUAAUUUUUAUCCAAAGAUCACUUCCAACUAUUCAUAAAAAAAAUCAUAAAUCCCUACUUAUUUUACUAACUUCUUAUCCGUUACAGCUUAAUCCCGGCUUCCGGAUUGUAAUAUUUUAAGCCGCCACAUUCUUGGCACAGUUCUGGUUUCUUUUUUGAUCUUUAAAUUAAGCUGUUAUCCAGUAAUAUUCCUUAUCUUUUCGAUCCUAAUGUCCUUUUUAUCAUCUUUCUUUGCAGGGGACUCAAAGGACGAAUCAGAGCCGCCGAAAAGGCAAAGGCCUUCUUCCUUGCACUUGCCAUUCGCCAGGAAUUUUAGGUAAGUUAAAUUAGUCUCGCCGAUUCAGGCUGGGUUCGUUUCGCUCUUCAAGAACGGCCAUGACGUCCAUGUCAGGUUACGUUUUAUUUUGAGGUUCAGUCCAUUCCCUGUACCUGUUUUUGCCAUUCUUUUGUUCUAGAACGUCCUGGAGCUGGGAAGUUCGGCAUGAAAUUUUCCCACAGAGCGUUUUCCUAGAAGAUUCUGAAGAAAAGUGGGUUGGGAAACCAAGCCGAGUUGUGAUAUGACAUAAAAAUAUAUUCUAUGACCGGAAAUAUAAUAUAGGCUAUGCUUUUUAAAUGGUUUAGUGAAAAUAAAACUAAUGCUGCAAUAAGAAUUGUUAAAAGUAUUACAUUUGAUGACUUAUAUUACUCAGCAAACAUUGUAGAUCCCCCAGUCUGUUGAUCAAGCCCCAGGUCGGGUGUGAAUCAAGUCCGGAGACCGUGUCGAAGCGGCUUUUCAGCCGUCCUCUUGGUUGGAAUGUCAAGAUGCUGGAACGGGUGGCGCGGCUUUGGCGCCGGGAUGUUACACAGCCCAGCCCGUCCGCUCAUCCACAAACGCCACAGAUAGUGGCGACCGACACCGCUGGCAAGCAGACCAAGCUGAAUGGCAACGAUGCCCAGCAGAAGAGGCACAAACGUCAGCGGACGGCCAGCGACAACUCCCAUCUGGCCAUGGAACGGGUAUUGCGCGCCAACGAUCGGGAGUUUAACAAUCGCUUCAAGUAUGCGGUAAGCCAAUAUUUUAGGAAAUAUAGAGGCAUCUUAUGUCAAUUUUUUGAGCACAGUUUAAUAUUUGAUGACAAAUAUUUUCAGGACAACUACAUCAAGACGUCCAAGUACAAUUUAAUUACAUUUUUGCCCAAAAAUUUGUUCGAACAAUUCCAACGUCUUGCUAAUUUUUAUUUUCUUGUCCUAAUGGUGUUACAAGUAGGUUCAUCUCCUCGUUUAACCAUGUGUUCAGCUUAUUCCCUGGAUCUCAAGUAUUGUGUGGUAUUCCACGGCCAUUCCACUUGCCAUUGUACUCGGGUUUUCUGCUGCCAAAGAUGCCUACGAUGAUAUUGUGAGUCCUAAACAUACCAGAAAUUAUUUUCUUUUUACUCAUGUGUAUUACAUUGCAUUUUAUUCAUAUCUGUCAUAUUAUCCAUAAGGUGUUUUAGCAACGUCAUCGAAGCGAUAGUCAGGUAAAUAAUCGAAUAUCGUAUGUUGUCCGGAACGGUCGUCUCGUCGAAGAACGAUGGCUGAACGUGAAAGUUGGCGAUAUUGUUCGCAUGCAGAAUGAGCAUUUUAUUGCGGCCGAUCUUCUCCUCCUCUCCUCCUCCGAACCUCACGGACUUUGUUAUAUCGAAACUGCCGAAUUGGAUGGAGAAACGAAUCUAAAGACACGGACUGCCCUCAGGCAGACCAGAGAUAUGGGCGAUAUUGUUGGUGAUAUCUCCGCUUUUGAUGGUACGCGCCUUUUACAUUGUAAAUAGCGCAUUGUGCUUUUAGGUGAGAUCAUUUGUGAGCCUCCAAACAACAAACUUGAUCGAUACGAAGGACGGUUGACUUACAAGGGACAACAGUAUCCACUGAGCAAUAAUAACUUGCUACUUCGAGGAUGCCGGCUGAGAAAUACUCGAUGGUGUUAUGGGCUGGUGAUCUUUGCCGGAAGAGAUACAAAGUUGAUGAUGAACAGUGGAAAGACCAAGUUCAAGAGGACCAGUUUGGAUCGGUUCUUGAAUAUCUUGAUUAUGGGGGUAAGUAUUCCUUUACAUUCUAUUUUUUCUCUACAAGAAAGGUGGCAAUACGAAUAAUCUUUGUAAAAUCAUUACUAAAUAUAUGUACGAUAUUUUGACCUUUCAGAUUGUCCUCUUCCUCAUCGCCAUGUGCUUGAUCUGCACUGUCCUGUGUGGUGUUUGGGAAUGGGUAACCGGCCGUCAUUUCACCGCCUACCUCGAAUGGGAGACCUUUGUCCGCGACCAAGGAGAGCGAGGCUCCCGUCAGAUAGCUACCAUAUCCUUUCUAAUGUUCUUUUCUUACAUAAUUCUGCUCAACACAGUCGUGCCCAUAUCACUUUAUGUUUCGGUGGAAAUUAUUCGGUUUGUUCAUUCGGCGUGGAUCAAUUCCGACCUCAAAAUGUAUUACGAGAAGACGGACACGCCGGCCAGGGCUCGAACAACAACGCUGAAUGAGGAGCUGGGACAAGUGCAAUACGUGUUCAGUGACAAAACGGGAACCCUGACUCAGAAUAUUAUGUUGUUUAAUAAGUGUUCGAUCAAUGGGAGGAGUUACGGAGAUCUUUUGGACAAAAGGAACGAAGUUGUGGAGAUUACAGAGGACACACCGACGUUGGACUUCUCGUGGAAUCGAUGGCAUGAGCCAAACUUUAAGUUUUAUGACAGCACCUUGCUUGAUGACACAAGGAAUCAAGUUCCUGAGGUAAAAUAAUCUGAUAGACUUCAUAUUUGCUUAUAAGUUUCACUUUAAACUCCGUUUUUUACCAUCGUUUCUGUAGGUGGAAGAGUUCUGGCGUCUCUUGGCCAUUUGCCAUACUGUAAUGCCCGAAAGAAAGGCUGGCUCAACUCUAGAAUAUCAAGCGCAAUCUCCAGAUGAAGCUGCGUUAACAUCGGCGGCAAGGAACUUUGGGUUCGUCUUCAAAUCUAGAACUCCGGAUAGUAUCACUAUUGAGGUGAAUGGAAAGGAAGAGGCAAGUCGAAGAGGCAAAGAUUAUAGUCGUUGGAUUGACAAAUUUAAUCAUCGAUUUUAGAGAUACGAAGUCCUCCAGAUCCUCGAUUUUGACAACGUUCGCAAACGAAUGUCCGUAAUCAUCAGAAAUACCAAUGGCGAUCUUAAAUUGUAUUGUAAAGGUGCUGAUACCAUGAUUCUCGAUCGCCUUCGACCUGACACAAGUGAUCUCCUCAAAUCAGCCACCAUGCAACAUCUCGAUAAAUUCGCAUCCGACGGCCUGCGGACUUUAUGCUGCGCUUACAAAGACAUCGACGCAGAAUAUUGCAUUCAGUGGAUGGACAGAGAGAAACAAGCUCAGCUGGAUGUGUCCAAUAAAACCCAAAAGAUUUUUGAGUUGUACGAGGAAAUGGAGAAGGAUAUGACCUUGUUGGGGGCUACUGCAAUUGAAGACAAACUUCAAGAUGGGGUUCCGGACACGAUCGCAAAUUUGGCCAAGGCUAACAUCAAAGUGUGGGUGUUGACGGGAGAUAAGACUGAGACGGCCAUCAAUAUCGGGUAUUCAUGCAAAUUGUUGACCGAGGAUAUGACCGAAGUCUUUGUGAUCGACGGGAAGGAUGAGAAACAAGUGGAAGUUCAGUUGAAAGACAUAAAAAGAAGAAUGGACAAGUACACCCAUCCGGUAGGCAACAUAGCCCACAGAACUAAAUGUUUGAUAUUGUAAAGUCUUGUUAACAGUUAGAAGCGGUCGUUCUAAAACUUCUGUCCUCUCCACAGGCCUUGUCCAUCACAAAUCUAAGCUUCUUGAGAUCUCCGAACCAUGUUAUAGUAGCUUUCUUCUCUUACUAUUCCCAUUUGUGUGUUUUGCCGAGUGCAUUUCCCGUUUAGCCGGUGGUUGAACCCACUCUUCGAUUGCGCUGGAGAUUCUGGCGUCCUCAAACUCGUCGCUCUCGUUCACGUCCCAAGAUCAUCGCCCAACCACUGGGAGAAGAUUGGAUGCCAGAGAAUGUCAAAAGUUACAUUCAAGAGCAAAUUCGGAUCGUAAAAGAGGCCGAGGAAAGAGAGGCUGAGGAGAAACGAGAGAAGCAAAGUCGGUUCUACGUCCGAUUCAGUCCAUCGCCAAAUUUCGAGAUCAAAAAAUUAGAGACGAUAGCGACGAUUCCCAUGGAUAACGUGUCCGAAAGUUCGGAAACUACCGAAGAAGCGGAUGUACGAACAUUUUCUCAAAUAUUUCCUUGGUUUCCUUAGUUUGCUUGAGCUUUCAGCUAGACAAAGACUUACAUUAGUUCUUUACUUUCACUUCAAAGCACUACUUACAUUUUAAAGCAACAUUUGAUUCCUAUCUUGCACUCUGUUCUAAGUUUCCGCUUAUGCUGUGGUAUGAUUUUGACGCACAAACUCCUUGCCAAAUUACUUGUCAUCAGCAUGUCUAAUAAUUGUGAUAGUUUGCUAAAAAUAUCUGAGUUAAAUAGGACGUAGCUUAGCUCCGCGGAAAUACUUUUAUUUCUGGGAUAUCUGAAGAUUACAAUUUCAGCAAAUUGUUGGAGGAUCCAGCUUCUACGACGGCCCAAAGACACCGAUCAGUCCGAAUAGUGGGAAAGCCACUCCAUGUAAGGCCCUUUCCAAACGAGUUUUUUCCAACGUCUUACCAUUUGAGAUAUCUUCUUUCCUUUUAGCCUUAUCUCCAAACGCACAACAGCACAAUAAUGUCGCGUUUGUCAACGAUGACAGCAUUCCCCACCAUCCAAUUACUCCACACGCCCCGUCCCAUGAAUUUAUGCAUACGGAAGACGAGAAUCUCAGUGGGGGAUUUGGAUUGGUCAUCAAUGGAGACUCCUUGGCAUAUGCGUUGAAAAGAAAAUACGAAAGGUUGUUCCUGGAAGUCGGAUGUCUCUGUCAGGUAAAUAUAAAAAUAGGUUGCAGAGAAACAGAGAAAGUCUCAAGUGCGGCACUCAACUCUUAAUGAGUCUUAGCCCAUAUUUAAACUGCGUUUUUCUUACACUCUGAACAAACUCUUUUUUUGUGUUGUCAUAGCCGCUAUAAAUUAACUUUCAGGCAGUAAUCUGUUGCCGAGUAACCCCUCUACAAAAGGCUCAAGUUGUUGAUCUAGUCAAACGUCAUAAAAAAGCUGUAACUCUUUCCAUCGGUGAUGGUGCCAACGAUGUCUCGAUGAUAAAGACUGCUCAUAUCGGUGUCGGAAUCUCAGGUAAAUACAGUUCUUCUUCCUAAAUCAACAUUUAAAUUCCAGGCCAAGAAGGUAUGCAAGCUGUCCUCUCCUCUGACUACUCGAUUGGCCAAUUCCGAUAUUUGGAGAGACUCUUGCUUGUUCAUGGAAGAUGGUCGUAUUUCCGGAUGUGUAAAUUCCUUCGCUAUUUUUUCUACAAGAACUUUUCUUUCACUCUCACCCACUUUUGGUAUUCGUUUUUCUGUGGGUAUUCGGCGCAGACAGUUUAUGAUCCCAUUCUGAUUGCAUCGUAUAACAUGUUCUUCACGGCGUUGCCUGUCCUGGCCAUGGGGGUUUUCGAUCAAGAUGUGUCAGAGGAUUACUCAAUACAGUAUCCGAAACUGUACAUUCCCGGGCAGUACAACUUGUUCUUCAAUAUGCGAAUCUUUACUUAUUCGGUGAUCCAUGGAAUGCUCAGGUAUUUUCAAAUUUGUUAUCAAAUAUCAACUUUCAACUUUAUUGCGCUAGACAAUGUUAUAUUUGUUUCAGUUCCCUAGUCCUCUUUUUUGUCCCAUAUGGAGCCUUUUACUAUGCGGUUGACUCUUCUGGAAAAGACUUGGGCAACUUCAAUAUCCUUGCAUUCACCAUUUUCACAGCGUUGGUGAUCGUCGUAACUGGUCAAAUAAUUUUGGAUACCUCGUAUUGGACGGGAUGGAAUCAUUUCUUUAUUUGGGGAUCUUUAGGAUUCUACUUUUUGGUCGUCGUUUUGUACUAUCAAGGUAGACUCUAAUUGACCUUUAUAAUUCUUUCCAGUGAUUCCUUACUCCUUCAUUUCCUACGGUCCUACUGGUAACUUCUACGGGGUAGUAUGGCAAGCAGUGGUCACGCCUCAUUUCUGGUUCUCCCUGCUUCUCAUUUGUGUCCUUCUUCUGCUCCCCGUAUUCCUCAAUCGGUUCUUCUGGCUGGACACCAAGCCUUCGUAUGCGGACCGCCUCAGGGCCCGAUCGAAACUGCCGUUGCACGAAAGACCGGAGGAUGUUCAGCCUACCUCGCAGAUCAAACGAACGGCCGCCACCACUCGAAGAAGUCGCAGGGGUUCGCUGCGGAGUGGCUACGCCUUCUCGCACACUCAAGGCUUCGGAGAGCUCAUUGCCAAGGGCACUCUCUUCAAGAACAUUGAGAAUCUGCGAGCACCCAGGUAAUUUCUCGCCUUUUCACUCCGAUUGUUUACUUUUUAUUGGGCGGAUGAUCAAGUAAACAUUCGUUUUUUCAGUGGUAAAGGACAGUCGUUUUUACCAACUAGUACAAUUGAUUUCCACCAUUUUUUAUUUAUUUUCAGCUACCGCAGUAAUAUCUCGGCAAGUCCCACUCAAAAGCCCAAGUUCAGUAUGGCGACGAUUGCCGAGAAGCCCAUUGGUUUGGCCACGGGUCUUCUUAAUGUUCCCCUGUUAGCCAGAAAGAACUCAAAAAGCGAGGCACCCAAGACUCCAUCGCCUCCGGAGACCAAGGCCAGCAGUAGUUCAACCCAGAGUCUCAUCAUCACCCGGGAUCCAGAUCAAGAGACCAAAUCGAGCAGCGGAUAUCAACAUAAUAUCUUGGUUGGGGUUGAUAGCGACCCACUGCCAAACAACUGGUAA